CCACCUCCCCGUGGCCCCCCCCAUGCAUUCGGUGUCACCAGCCGCAGCACAGUAUGGGAGCCCAGAGGAGCGUGGUGCCCCCCGGGCUGGGGGUACCCGGGGGGGCUGCGCGGAGGGUGGGGAGCCAGACGAGGUAGACCGCCUCAAGGGCCGGCUGAUCUCCGCUUGGAACAAUGUCAAGUAUGGCUGGACAGUGAAGACCAAGACCCACUUCAGCAAGCACUCGCCUGUGUACCUCUUCGGCCGUGACUAUCAUCUGGACACUGAGGAGGCUGUGGAGCGCUUCCAGACAGACUUCGCCUCGCGCCUGUGGCUCACCUACCGCCGUGACUUCCCUCCCUUGGGCAGCGGGCUGUGGAGCACGGACUGUGGCUGGGGCUGUAUGCUACGUAGUGCCCAGAUGCUGCUUGCCCAGGGGCUGCUGCUUCACGUCCUCGGCCGAGACUGGACCUGGCCAGAUGCCCCGUUCAGUGCUAGCCUGGCGGAGAUGGAGCCAGGGAAGCUUGCGGCAUCCGAGCAAGGCUGGCGCCUCUGGCCUUCCCCUGCUGUGCCUGGCCUCAGCCCCCGGCAGCAGGAGGAAGAACAGCAGCACCGCACCCUGGUCUCCUGGUUCGCCGACCACCCGCAGGCCCCAUUUAGCAUCCACCGCCUGGUGGAGCUGGGUCGCGGCUCUGGAAAGAAGGCUGGGGACUGGUACGGCCCCUCCAUCGCUGCCCACAUCCUCAGGAGAGCUGUGGAGAGCAGCUCUGGGACCAGCCGCUUGGCCAUCUAUGUUUCUCAAGACUGCACAGUGUACAAGGGGGAUGUGGCUGGCCUGCUGCGUGGAGGGGCAGCUGGUGCUGUCAUCGUGCUGGUGCCCAUGCGCCUGGGGGGAGAGACCCUGAACCCUGUUUAUGUAAACUGUGUGAAGGAGCUGCUGAAGCUGAAGGCCUGCGUGGGCAUCAUUGGGGGGCGGCCCAGGCACUCACUUUACUUUGUCGGCUUCCAAGAUGACUACCUGCUGUACCUGGACCCCCACUACUGCCAGCCCUCUGUGGACACCAGCCAGGAGUGCUUUCCACUGGAGUCCUACCACUGCGGCUCCCCCCGGAAGAUGGCAUUCACCAAGAUGGACCCUAGUUGCACCAUCGGCUUCUAUACCCAGGCUGGGCAGGAUCUGGAUACUCUCUGUGCCCAGCUAGCCCAGGUGCUAAAAGCUGCUUCUACCAAGGACAAGUACCCCAUGUUCUCUGUGGUGGAUGGCCGGGCCCAGGACUAUGGGCUGGAAGAGCUGUGCUCCCGCCUGGCCCCUCUCCCUGCCCUGCGUCCUGGGAGGCGUAGCAAGGGAAAGAAGCCAGAGGCUGAUGACUUUGUCUUCUUGUGAUCUGACUUGAUAUCCCCCAACCCCCUACUGGCCACCAAACAGAGCCAGGGGAGUGGGGGGUGGUCUGUGGCCAUAACUCACACUGGAAAUGUACAGCGCCUGGCGCAGGUCUCUUACUCCUCAGGGUUUAGAGCUGGUGCUGCUGCUGCCCCCUAGUGAUGGGGGACUGGAACUGCUCUCAAGUCGGGGGAGGGAGCAGGGGAAUGGAAGACUGCAGGGACCAUGGUGAAGGUGAAGCCUCUCCCACUUCCAUGACAUUACUGCCCACGGGGUGGGGGGUGUAUCAGGGUAUGCUUCAUGCUGUGGGGGUCUGUCUGGGGCUAUUUAUUGUCUGUCUCACCCCACCUCCCCACCACCUGUGAUUUGCCCUUGG